AGUAAUUAUCAUGAGACUCAUGACAAAAUCGUGGGAGUUGACAACACUGCAAAGGGAAAGCUUUGAAAUAGACUCAGCGGAAAUAUGCUGUGGUGCAUGGAACAAGAGGCAUUUUUACUGCCAUGCGCAGGAAUGGAGAUAUACAUUUCUCAUCUAGUUUUCAGCGCCCCAGGACAUCAAGGAUAAUGUAGCAACAUUGGGAAGAAGUGAACCCCUGCAGACAGAAUGAAGGCUAGAGAGAAGGAUACAAUAUGAGGAAGGCAAAUCCAUACAGUACUCAAAGAUAUAGAGGCAAUGUUCUCUGCAUUAAGCUACAGUGCAAGCUUUCUGGAGCAGGAUAUGGUGAUGAUUCUGACGACUUCAAUUUAGCAGAUGCACUUGAUGACCAUCCAACCAAGCGACCUACUCCCAAGUUGCCCAAAAAGCCAGCAGGUGGAACAGGAUAUGGGGAUGGUUUGGAUGAUUUCGAUUUGUCAGAUGCACUGGAUGACCAUCCCACCAAGCAACCUACUCCCAAACUACCCAGAAAGCCAUCGGGCGGAACAGAUAUUAGCUUAUGGGAUGUGAUCCAUACCACCACAACCAAGAAGCCAAAAACCACCAAGGCUCCACCCAAAAAGAAUCCAGCAAAAGAUCCUGCGGACUUUGACUUAUCGGAUGCACUAGAUGAUCAGAAUGAUGGGAAAGGUGGUGGGAAACCAAACGUAAAACCUGGUGGAGGCUCGAAAGGUAAAGAUAACCCUUCAAGAGGUGGAAAACAGGCAUUUUCAGAUGAUGAUCUGGCCAGCGUUCUGGACGAUGGGGAGUACCAUCCUGAUAAGAAGAAAGGUGGCAGUGACUACGAUACAGGCACCACUGCCGAGACUGGGACAAUAGCAGGAAUAGCCAGUGCUCUUGUCAUGGCAUUGGUCGGCGCCGUCUCCAGUUACAUUUCCUAUCAGCAAAAGAAGUUUUGCUUCAGCAUACAACAGGGUCUUAAUGCAGAGUACGUGAAAGGAGAAAACACGGAAGCUGUUGUAACUGAAGAACCUCAAGUUAAAUAUUCAGUCCUAGAAACACAGUCAGCAGAGCCGCCACCACCACAAGACAAUGCGAAGGUCUAAAGCAUGGCCUUGGGCUGGAAGAGAAUCAGCGGCAAACACACACACAAAACCAUCUCACAUGCUUGUAAUUCAGCUUUUUAUUUAAUUUGGAUCCAAGCUGUUAAUGUGUAUUUAGACUAGAAGUGGCUUCUUGUUGAUAUAGGUGGUAGGGCUAGAAUGUCAGUGUCUCUUUAUUUUUUUUGUAAAGAGUUGUAUGUUUACAUGGAAUUUAAUAAUGUAGGAUUGAUGUCACGUGUACAAAACAACAAAAGGUGCUUCAGUAGCCUUCCAAGCAACGUUUAGGAUUUUCACGUUUGGGACAAGCAGCUGGGAUAAUGUCUUUUUCAAAGAAUGCCAGAGCGUACAGGUGUGAGGACGAUAAAGUGCCUGUAAAAUAACGAUCCAAAGCAAACCAUGCAAGAACCUUUGUAAAUCACUUCCAGCCAAUUUCUGCCAUCAGCUAUGUGCAUGCAGUGUCCAGUGUCAGCAGUGAAAAUUGUGGGUGCAGCUGAGGGUACAUUUUGCUCCUUAGAGUAGCUACACCUAAAAAUAAAGUGCCUAUGGGUAGAUCCUCAUUUAGGGGCCCCGUCUGGGGGGGUAACAAAGGCCUUUACUCAUUGGAGUCACAGAGUUGAGGGUGCACAUCAUCUCAUGCUACUAGGCUUCUACCCACCUUUAAGGACCUGAUUUUGAUACCAGAUAAUGAUACAGAUCAUUGCGAUAUGGGAUUUUGGCAGGUAACACUGCCAUACAUGGUUGUGUCUGAGAUUGGCAUUGAGCCUGGAGUGUCAGGGUUUGGCUAUGAUACUGACACUUCUGCAUUGUCAUUGAGAUUAACUGAAAACUGUGUGGAUUUAGGGACAGGUUCAGAUCUCAUUUACGCCAGAGUCACUUGAAUUCAGAGAGCUGAGUUAAAACUAAUCAAAUGUUUUUAAAAAGAUCAGGGCAUAAGGUAACCUCUGAGAAUGGUUAGAAGAAAAGAAACUGCCACUAAUGGGGUAAUUGUGUAGCAUUAUCCUCUAUGGCGUCAAGCAUCAGAGGGGUAGCCGUGUUAGUCUGGAUCUGUUAGUCUAUAAGGUGCUACAGGAUUCUUUGCAUCCUCUAUGGGGUUUCUUACACCUUUUUCUGAAGCAUUUGAUGCUGGCCACUGACAGGAUACUGUACUCACGUUAGAGCAGCGCUCUGAUCUGUGUUCCUGUUUAACUGAAGUGUAACAGAUUGAUUCUGGCCUCUGGUAGCUUGACUAUCACUUGUUACAACUUUUUUUUUUUCCUUUAUGCCCCUUUUAUUGCUGCUACAAUGUGGACACUGCCAUGUUUCAAUACAUUUUUCAAAAUUAGCCAAAUUGGGAAAAGGAGGCUUUGAAAUAUAGGAAAAGUCUUCACUUUCUCACGUGGAAAAGGUACAAAGUGUUUAUAGAAUCAGGAUGUGCAUACAUUUUGUAACGUUUUUGCAAAAAUCCCCAUUAUGUGAAUGGGAAGUAGCGGCUGAGUAAGAGUGUGUCUAGUUUUCAGUUUGAUGUACAUGCUCAGUUUUCAUGAAGGGACUUACAUGGGGCCUUGCCUGUAGGUAUUUGUAUAAGCCUAGGAACAUUUUUGUGUAACAAUUUGAUUUAAAGGAAAGUACCUAGUAGCAUUGUAAAUGUUUGCAGCAGCUGUACAAUUCCUUAUGCUCUAGUUUUUGAUACAUGCAUUUCAAAAGCCUUAUAAUAGCUUUGCAGGCAGAAAUACAUUGUUUUAUGAACGUGUUGGUAUUACAAAACAAAAUGUAACAAGCUGUUUCCAAAGUUCUCAUUUAACUAUUGGCUUCUAUGGAACUGGAGCAGGAAAAAUAGACAAGGAAUACAGCAUUCGUGCGUGCCUAGAUACUCUAGAGUCGGGUUAUCAAGGAGGAAAUGUGGUUUGUAGAAUUUUGAAGAGCACAUAAACAAACCCAGAUGCUAAUGAAGCCACAAAGCUGAAUUCAUAUGAUUGUAUAUUUCCAAAUAGUGUAGUUUGUUUCUUUCAUAGCCAAACAUAAAUAUUAGCGCUAAAGGUUAGUAUAUGGCACUGGUACAAUACCAGGAGCCAUUUUCUUGGGUAGAUCAAGUGAACUUAAUUCCGUAUUUAAUUUUUGCUGAUGAAAGAAAGUGUUUUGAUGAGUAUAGAUUGUCAAAUUUUGUUGCAUUUCUAUUGCUCUGUACAAUCACUGUGUGUGUCUACUGUACAGUGGAUUGGUGUGUUCAGGAUUGCUUACUUUAGGAAAGACCACUUAACCCUUGCAGGGAAAGUGUUAAAAGACUAGAACAUUUGAGACCUCUUAAUAAUUCACAAAUAUUUCAAUUUUCUAUUUUAAAGUCGUUUCUCUGAAAAGAAUACCAAAUUUUAGAACUCAGAAGUAGAUUGCACAGAAGCUGCUUUUUUUCCCACAGCCUUUUCCAUGAUUCUGGUAAGCAGUUAUGCCUUAAUGCAAUUUAUAAUUACAAUAUAAGAAAAAGUACAUAUAUACACAGCAGAACUACGGUUCCAAGUUUACAAUAGCAUAAUUUGGCAUCUAGGAGAAGGAGGGCUUUAAAGAGGAGACUACUGACUGAUAUUACAUUGAAAGAAAAAAAGUUGUUGCAUUCUUUCUCCCAUCCUUCAUCUCUAGAUUGUCUGUUCAAUCUGUACAACACCUCGAAUAAUUCUUACUUGUCACUUCAGUGCAAGUUAUGUUUUACUUUAUGCUUCAGGGGAAUUUGAUAGGGCUGUUACUUCCCUACUAAAGACCUUCAUAUUUAGAAAGAGGUGACAACUUAAACAAAAAAACAAAACUCUGCACUGAAACUCUGCAUACAUGAUCUCAGCCACAUUCCCCUUCGAAGUAUCCAGAGAAAAAAUAUUUGCAAGUCGAAAGUGGUAGGAUACAGGAACAGCUCAACGCUAAGUGAAAUGAUUUAAUUUUCUUUUAGUCCAAAAUAUAGCUGAGGACCUGCUGGAAGGUUAUAUACUGCCUGUGCUGUAGCCAUGCACUCACCACGCCCUGCUUUUUGGAGGUUAACUGAGACCACUUCUAAUUUAAAAUCCAUUAGUUUUCUGUACAUACAUGAAACAGAUCCUUGACAAGAAACCCUCUCUAGUCACAUAAAGCUUUGGUUUGUUACUACAUUAGUGACAUGCAUUUUCUUUUGGUAAAGUUGUAAUUGUCCUUUCAAGCCAGAGAAUUGUGACAUUCGGUUUUGACUUGACGCUUUUUACUACACCUUCAGAAUCUCUUAUUAAAAUCUCCCAUUUUCAUGUAACCCAAUAGUACAUAUUCUUAAUGACUUAUUUUGUUGUGGUAAAAGUGGAAUUAGUCCAUGAGAACCAUUUAAAAUUAAGAAAACAUUAAGAUUUAAAGUGGAAAGACAGACUUGGCUGUUAAAAUUGCUUCUGUGACAAGUGACGUUCAGAAACCAUACGGAUGAAAUUAGAUAAAGAGUAAAUUAUUUAUUUGAAUGAAUUAUUUCUUUGAAUAAAAGUAAGGCAUACAGUUUACUAAGGCAGAACUGAUCUGUACCAAAUGAAAUUUGUGUAUUAUGCUGUGAAAAGGCAGACUCAUUUUGCUAAAGUGCAUAUAAGGCUUAUAGGGAAAAAUCAGAAUAUGACUGCUGAACUACCACUGGAAAAUUAUGAAUAAAACAGACACUCAUACAGUGACA